GCACUAACCACAUUUGAUGAGACGGUUCGCUCUUUUUCGCGAAUCGACACUAAACCACUUCCAGGUAUCAGGCCUCGCAGUAUCAGAUAUUUUUCAACAAGACCACCGAAUACAGCACAAGGCUGUGUGUAAGUUGAUCAAAUUUCGGGGAGAGCAUAAUGCCAACGGAGUUGGAAGAGCUCGUCGAAUUCCUACACCAUGGGAAUACUCAGAUUAGGCAAAUCGCAUGCGAGCACCUAGUCGGCCAUUCCUCGGAACCAUCCAUCUUCAAGAAGCCUCAACUGGUUCCUGUCCAAGACCUGAAACUAUUAGUCAAAGAUUACCCUCCUAUUGCUAAAAAUGCCCUCACUAUCCUCGUCAACCUUAGUCGGGAUGCAGAGAUUCUGGAGAGUUUGGCCGGCGACGAUGCUUUUCUUGAGACGUUGUUGAAGAAGAUUACGAACCCGAAAGAACCAGCCGCCAAUGAGAUUGCCAUGCUGUUAUCCAACAUGGCAAAGUCGGAUCAGAUGGAGAGGUUGAUUCGGUUGAAACGAUCACUACCCGACAAGACCAUCUCCACUUCUCCAUACGCCCUCGACCAACUGUUUGAUCUGUUUGUGAAAGGCGCUGACGGUGGCCUGAAUAAACAUGCCGAUUUCGAUUACCUCGCAUAUCUCAUGGCUGACAUGUCUAAGCACAAGGCUGGGCGGGAUCACUUCCUCAGCAAGAGAGAGUAUGAUGGAAUUGUGCCGAUAAGCAAGUUGGUGGUUUUUACAGAGCAUAAAAGUCACGUUCGUAGGCGGGGAGUUGCCAGUACGAUCAAGAACGUCGCAUUCGAGGUGGAUAAACAUCCGUUACUCAUGGCGGAUGACACCGAGACUGUCGACGGCGUCCCAGGCGUCAAUAUCCUGCCAUACAUCCUAUUACCUCUAGCCGGUUCCGAAGAGUUCCCGGAGGAGGAAUCGGCGAACAUGCUUCCAGACUUGCAACUUUUACCGCCGGACAAGGCGAGAGAAAGCGAUCCUGAGAUAUUGGUGGCCCAUUUAGAAACGUUGCUCUUACUAACGACGACACGGGCCGGGAGAGACAAGCUCAGAAGCAUCCAGGUCUAUCCACUGAUUCGGGAGACCCAUUUGCACGUCGAAGAUGAAGGCGUCAGAGAGGCUUGUGAUCGGCUGGUACAGGUUCUCAUGAGGGAUGAAGCGGAGGAAGAGAAAGUCAAGGAAAUGGAUGAAGAUGAAAAGAUCGAAGAGGUUUUCUAGACGAGACUCGAGAUUGAUGACUGGAAAAUUGGAAUGAUAUAAUGUGCCUCCAUAAUGAACAACUUGGUAAGAA